UUUGCCCGCGAGUUAUAACAACAACAACAACAUAGAAAACCAUAGCGGUUGUUCAAGCGGAAAAACAUACAAAAUGCUUGAAUAAGGGCUUUUAAAUAUUUCUGGAGCAAAAUCAACCAUGACCGACAAGGAAGUCAAUCAAAAUAACAAUGGCAUGUCCAUGUUCCAUCUGCGCCGGAUUGGCCAGAUGGCAAGCAAGCCUGGAGUUGCUGACACCAUGGAUUUCUACAAUGUCACAUACAUUAUUGGCCGCAGUGUGGACAAGGUUGAUUUUGUGAUUGACUCCAAUACCUACAUUCAAAGUGCCUGUAUAUCGCGAUGUCAUGCCAGAAUAGUAAGGCAGGCUGGUAACCAACAUAGGCUGUACGAUGACAGUCUGAAUGGAGUCUUUGUAAAUAAUAUCAAAAUUGCAGGAAGCUGUGUAUUGAGGGAAGGUGACCGGGUAACGUUUGGUCACCCCACGGGCAUGAGGAUCCCUGCAGGGAGCAGGGUGAGGCAGCCAGACUCUGAACACCAGUUUAUGUUUGAGGCAUGCCGCUGUGAACUGCAAGUCCAGACAGUGGCAUCAGACGAGACUGACAUUGUGAAAGGUGGACUAGAGGAGGAGCAGAAGGCUGAGUUCAAGAAGCCAGAGGUAGUGGUAGAGGCUGGCAGCAGAUCGGUCACUUCUCAUUGUAAAGGUCCAAGAUUCCAGAGAGAGACAUUGAAACACGAUGAUGUGGCAUUAAUGGAGAAAGAAAAGAAAUCGGCAAACCAAAGUGUGCCAGACCAGAAAGCACACACAAGCCAUAAUGAUAUUGAAAGCAAAACACCAGAAAAAAACAUAAAAGACUCUGCUGUUGCAAAAGAGACUACUGACGUUGUUAACUGGAAUCAAUCUAGUAACGAAUCUGGGAAAGACAUUGAAGAAAUUCUGGAAGUAGACAUGGAGCAGAUUGAAACUGAAAGUAUCCAGCGGCCACAUGUGAGAGGUAAUGAAGUCCAAUCUGAAGAGAAUAUCGCUGCAGAUAUUGAAGGCACUUUUAAAAACAUCAUUAAGGACUUGUCAUCAAUAUGUGAGAUUGAAUGUGGUUUGAAGAAUGCAGUCCAGCAGAAGUCACCAACUAAAGAUGCAUGUAUUCAGACCUCACAAAAUUGUGUAAUGCGUUCAAAAUCACCAGUAAAAGAUGCAGAAAUGCAGACCUGCAUGGCAUUUGAGGUCCAACUGAAUGAUUAUAAUGAAGAGGUAUCUGUUGUGAAACAAAAAACAGUGAGUGAAACAGAAAUUAACAUUUCUGAAGACCUUAAAGAUUCAGUUGGAAGUGAUGAGAAUACUGAAGAUGUAUGUGGUGAUGUUACUAUAAAUUAUAGUGCCAAAACAAACAUUAUUGAAAAUGAGAUUGUUGCAGGAAAGUUGUGUGAGCUAGAGAAUAGAGAUUUGGCUGCAGAAAAUAAAUGCAUUGAAGAAGAAAAUUCUUACCUUGGCAAAGGAAGUACAGCUUCUCUUGUACACAUUUGUCAAUUAGAUGUAGAAAGUGAACAUCAGGGUGCAACAUGUGUUUAUGGUACCUCAACAUAUGUUAACAAUAUUACAGGAAUUAUUGUAAAAUGUUCAGACAAUGUUGCUGAAAAUGAGAACACAGUUGCAGAGGAAGUUUUACAGAAUACAGACAACAUUGCUGAAAAUGUUUCAGAAAAUGAUGAACACAAAGGAGUCUGUAUGAACGCUGAAUACAUUUCAAAGAGUAAAAGUUGUACUAAAGGCAUUGAGGAUGAUGUUGCUGUUCAAAAUAAUGCCUUCAUUAGAGUGGCUGUGAAUGGUGCUAAUGGUGGAGUGAAUGCUGUACUUACUACAUUAAAUUCAGAGAGUGAUGGAAAAGAAUACACCAAAGAACAAGUUGAUAUGUAUGUUGAUGCAAAACUUGACAUUGAUGUUGACAGCACUAAAGUGGAUAAUAAUUGUGCAACAGAAAAUACAGAAGUUUCAUCAGAUAAUGAUUUGGUAGUAAGUGAAGCUGAUAAUUCUGGAGUGACAACUGAUUGUGAUUUACAAAGUGGAGGCAGAGUAGAUGUAAAAGAGAGAACAAGUUUAAUUGGGGAAGGAAUGGAUUCCGAAAAUUGUGAUAAUCACUGCAUUGAUGCUGAAAGUUCUGACUGUGAAAAAAAGACAGAGGACAAUUAUGGUGCUUCAAAUGAUUAUGAUGAAGCCCCUGUUGAAAUAGGUGCUGAAGAAGAAUGUGGUGAACAUGUUCGGUCAGAAGCCAGAACAAAAGUUUCGUAUUUUUUAUCAGAUUCUGUAGCAUAUGAAGAUUCAGACAUUAACGACGAAGAUUAUACCGAUGCGCCGGAGAAAGUUGAAGGAGAUAAUGUUGAGUGUGAUGAUGUGGAUAAUGAAAUAGAUCACCAAUCUUGUUCAUCUUAUAGUAAAGGGGAAGGAGUUGAGUCUGACUAUGAUCAGUAUUCUGCUAAAUAUGAGAGUAACAAUGAAAUAAAUUCAUGUUUUGGGUCAGAAGUCAGCAAUGAAAAUGACAGUUCUGAAGAUAAUUUUUACGAAAAUGAUGAUGGCCUUGAAUCAGAUUUGGCAUACACAGAGACUGAUACUGAUACGGCCGAGAAUUACACAACUUCCAAAGAAGCGCCUGUAAUAUCUACAUCAGGUGAAGAUUAUAACAGUGCUAUUGAAAGUGAAUCAGAUGAGGGAAACAUUGUUGUAAAAAAACUCAGCAAAAGCUGCUUUGGUGAAAUACCAGAUGCAAACGUGAUUCACCGAGCUGGAAUGGGAAAUUCAUUGAAUGAUACUGAAAUUAGUUCAUUAUACGAAACUGCCAGUUUAGGAGAAAGUGGAAUGUCUUCUCUUAUAAACAAUGACAAGUCAAUAUGUUGUGACGAAAUAGGAAGUAUGGUUAAUGAAAUUAUUGUAUCCACCAAUGAUGAGGAUAUCUGUGUGGAAAAAAUGGAAGAAAAUGAUAAAUGUAAGCAGAAUAAGGCUGAUGAAGAUUGUGAGAAGGCAAUAUAUGAAUAUACAGUUGUUAAAAGCAAUAAUGUUGUUGAUGAAACCAAUGCUGUUUUGCAAGGCAGAAAAAGGAACAUGUCUUCUGAAAUAGAUGAGAGCUAUGGAAAUGAAGUGACAAGAAAAAGAAGGUGUACAGGAGAUGGGAAUGAUGAACAUGCAACAGUGUGUACUGUUAAUGCUGAAAGGGUUGCAGAGAAGAAACAAACCACUGGAAUAGUUAAAUCAGCGUUUGCAAAACUGAAAUUGCAAAUGAAACAAGUAUUGAAGAUGAAGUCUAGUAAAACAUUUGAUUUGACAAAACAGAAGGACGAUGAAACUCUUGAUGAGAGUGAAUCCUGUACAAUUAGAAAUUAUGAAAAACUUCAUUCUGAAACGGAAAGCACUAUGGAGAGGUUGGUUCAAAAUGACCUUGCAGUUGCAAUAGAAAUGAAUAAUGACCAUGUUGAUUGCCUUGGUAAUGAUUCAGAAAUGUUAGAAAAUAAGACCAAAGGUUUGGAGACUGUAGCAAAACUUGACAAUAUUUAUAACAACUUGAACCAAUCUAAUUUGAAAAAUAAAGAUAAAGACUUCAUAAUGGGAGAAAAAGAAGCUCAAAUAGGUGAGGACAAGGCAAGACAUAAUAAUAUGAAUGACACAGUGAAAGUGUCUGAUUCAAAAUGUACUAACAACAUUGAACUAGACAUUUCAAAAGUUAUUUUGGAAAGUGGAGAUAUUGGGUCUGAGAAGAGUGGAGUUAAUGAUAAAGAAAAUGUGGUCAUAGCUGAUGUAAAAUCAGAUGCAGCAAGUAGUGCAAUUUGUGUUGAUAAGAAGACUGCUGAUUGUAGGAAUAAUGGUUCAUUUAAGAACAUAGAAGACAUAGUUACAGAAAGAUGUUGUUUAAUGGAUGCAGGUAAAAUGACUUUAACGAAUGAAGAUAAUGAACCAUUAUAUGAUGAUAAAAAAAUAGGAUAUUCACAUGAUGUCGCGGAAAUUGUGAAUGAGUAUCUUGGAAGAGAUGAAAUGCAGGAAAGUGUCAAUAUAAUAAAAUCUGAAAACGUAAUACAAAAUAAUCUGAAUACUGAUGAACAAAAAGCAAAUGAAGAUUUGGAUAGAGUUGAUGCAAGUGUUGAUGAGACUGAUACCAACAGUGACACUGAGUGUUUUUCUACCAGUUGGAUGAAUGCUAAAAGUAGAACACCUUCAAAAAGCAAGGAUCAUUGGGAGGGCACUGUUAUGUCACCAGUAAUAAACCUUAUUGGAACCAGCCAGUCGAAGAGCAGGCAACCACAGUCUUCAAUCAUAGCCGAGAAGGGAACCAGUAGGUCAGACUCUGAAAGCAUUUCAGUGACCCAAGCAGAAGAUGAUGCAAGAAGUGUCCUUAGUUGCCAGUUUUCUGAUGAUGGCGAUUUUGGAGCAGAUAUUGAUUUUGAGCACUUUGAUGAAGAUGAAAAUCAUGAAUCAGCUGCUGAUAAAAUUACAAUAGAUGGUGGUCAUAGUUCAGAUACUGUAUCUUUGGCACUCAAAGACAGUGAUAACCAAAAGAUGGACUUAGGAUCCUGUUCAUAUGAACAAGCAGCAAUACUGCCCUUAAAUACUUCCAAUUCAAUGUUAGUCAAGAAGAAUAAAGGUGUCAAAAGAAAAUGUCAGUUUGAAGAUGAUCCAUAUGCAUAUACCACACCACUAAAACUGUCCACAGAGAACGUCUGUGAUGUUUUCAAAUGCCCAGAAUCAUUGCAUAAGCAAAGCUUGGGGCCUUCAGUUUUGAAAGAUGACACAGAUUCCCCUGGCAUCUCAGGGACACAGUUGAUAGAGAGUUCAGAAUCGGCAGACUUCAGAGAUCUUACCAUGUCACAAGUUUUCAAGGUUUCCCACAGCUUAGAGGCUAAAGCAAAUGACACUUGCAUGUCAGGAAAGAAACGCUCCAAAGCCAAAGAUCUCUUGGAAAAGUUGAGAGCAAAACGACAGAUCAAGGAGGAGAAGGUUGAUAACAGUGAAACUGUGAAUGAGUCAAGUGAAGGACCUGUGCAAGGAACCAGUUCUGAGAUGGAUAUCUACAACUGCACAGAGCUGGCACGGACAAAGGCCCAUGAAAUGCUGUCUUCCAUUGAUAUCCCUGUAUCCAGCUGUUGUUCACUGCUGGACGCCAUCAAGGACAUGUUCGUGAAGACUCCUGCCCUCUCCACCAAUCCUCGUGUACAGGCUUGGAGGAAAGAGCUGACUGACAUAGAGAAGAAGCUCAUAUUCCCCAAGACAGUUAUAGCAGUGGUAGGUGACACGGGGGCGGGGAAGUCCAGUCUGAUGAACGCUCUACUAGACCAUCGCAGUGUGCUACCCACGUCUGGUAUGAGGGCCUGUACAGCUGUGGUGGUGGAGGUCGUACAGAACACCACCAGCAGCUGUUUUGAGGCCGAUAUCGAGUUUCUACAGAAACAGGAGUGGUUUAAUGAGCUGGAGGUGCUUCUAAAGGACCUGACAGCCCUGGACGGGACCAUCAAGAAGGGAGUACCUGACCCCGCCUCUGAUGCCUACUCCUCGUACUGUAAGGUGCGGGCUGUCUACGGCCGGGUAGAACCCCUCCCAGUCCUCACCAGAAUCACCACAGUGACACACUGGCUGGGCAAAGUGAGAGUUCUCAAGUCACAUAAUGCAGAGAACUUUCGUCGUCAAGUGGAGACGUACAUAGAGACGCAGGACCCUGGGUCAGGGGGUCAGUACUGGCCAAUAGUGAAGCACGUGAGACUGAGACUCCCACACUGUGACGUCUGCAGCAGUGGUGCUGCUCUUGUGGAUCUACCGGGUGUCAGGGACUCGAACGCUGCCAGGGACCGCAUUGCUAAAGAGUACCUGAAGAAUUGCACUGCAGUGUGGGGUGGUAUCUAGCAUUCAUCGUGCCAUUGAUGAUAAGACGGCCAAGGAUCUGCUGGGGGAGAACUUCCGUCG